AUGAACAAAUUAGUCAGCACUCCCAGAGAAGUGAACGUCUACGUAGAGAUAAUCCACAAGCAGCUGUACUUCGCCGUCCUCAAAGGAAAAGACAUAAUCAGCUUGAAAAACAACUCCAACACCAUUUAUUUUUGUAUAGACGAUGAACUACAUUACGAUAAUUUCUUCAAUGAUUUCGGACCGUUGAAUUUGUCUUGUUUAUAUAAAUAUUGCUCCAAAUUGAAUAAAUACCUGAAGGUUUCGAAGGGAUUGAAGAGGGUGGUCCAUUAUACGUGCAAUCAACCCAAAAAGAAAACCAACGCUGUAUGUUUGAUGGGAUUAUUUUGCAUCAUGUAUCUCAAGUUCGAGCCGGAGACCAUCUGGGGCGUUUUGGAAGAUCUCGGACCUUACAAGCCUUACUUAGACGUUUCAUUGGGUGAUUGUGGUUUUAAUUUGAAAAUAAUUGACUGUUUUAAUGCUAUUGGGAGAGCUAUGACAUUCAAUUUUGUGGAUUUUAAAGAUUUCAACGUCGACGAGUACGAUAUAUAUAGCAAAAUUGAAUACGGCGAUUUGAAUUGGUUAAUACCCAGGAAGUUCCUCGCUUUUAUAGGACCAGCUGAUAACCGUACAGCCCAUCCGCCGGAAUUUUACAUCAAAUAUUUUUUGAAAAAUGACGUGAAGACCAUUAUAAGGUUGAACGGAAUCGUAUAUAACGCUUCUGCUUUCACUAAAGUUGGAAUAAAGCAUUUCAAUUUAAUUUUCCCCGACGGAUCCACUCCUCCUCGAGGGGUUCUAUUGAAGUUUUUAUCUAUCGCAGAGGAGGCACCUGCUGCUAUAGCUGUACAUUGUAAGGCCGGUCUUGGUCGUACGGGCUCUUUGAUAGGUGCUUACCUCGUGAAGCACUAUUUGUUAACGGCCAGAGAAGCUAUAGCUUGGCUUAGACUAUGUAGACCAGGAUCAGUUAUAGGACGCCAACAAAUAUGGCUGGAGAAGAUGGAAAGUUGGUUAUGGGAUGCCGGAAACCAAUACAGGAUUGAACGUUACGGAGCGGUGGAUGAGAUUCCGACACACAAAUACGGAAUUUACAGUAAAAAGUGGCAGGUGGAACGAGAAAAUAUGUUGAGGGAAGCGCGAAAAAAAGUACAAGUCAACGACGUUCCUAAAUCUGAUAUGACGGCGAUAUGCAAAAAAAAGAUCGUUUCUGCGAGCAUCGAUUCUUUUACUAAAAAAGUUAAUUCGCAAAGAAGUAAUCGUAGAACGUUACCAGAAGACAAAACGAGAUUAUUACAUCCUAAAUCGACGGAGAGAGUGGAAAAUAAAACGUACAGUCCAAAGCAGAGCUAUCUAUCGACGUUGCCAAGUGUAAGUUACGAUAGAUCGACCUCGAGAUCUGCUUGUGAGCAGAAAAGAAUCGAUAGAUUCACCCAAGGAGACGAAUUGAAUAGGAUAAAGGCGACUUGGAAUAAAAAUAAGACACCGAUUGGUAAAAUAACUAGACCCCAAUCGGAAAAUGGGAAAUAUAUACUAUUUUCACGUAAUUUUACGUAA